UGACGUCUGUCGCUUCCCGUUUUCUUGCAGCAGGUUCAGGUUGGGUGAGAUUGAGUUGUGAUCAUCUGGGAGAUUUUCAUCCAUACACGCAGCGGAUUGAGAAAUGUUGGCCCUCUUUAACCGGCUGCUCGACUGGAUCCGCUCGCUCUUCUGGAAGGAAGAGAUGGAGCUCACUCUGGUAGGACUGCAGUACUCUGGUAAAACAACUUUUGUCAACGUAAUUGCUUCUGGCCAGUUUAAUGAAGAUAUGAUCCCUACAGUCGGCUUCAACAUGAGGAAAGUGAGCAAAGGCAAUGUAACAAUUAAAAUUUGGGAUAUAGGUGGGCAGCCGCGCUUCAGGAGCAUGUGGGAGAGAUAUUGUCGUGGAGUCAAUGCAAUAGUGUAUAUGGUGGAUGCUGCAGACCGCGAAAAGGUCGAAGCCUCAAGAAAUGAACUACACAACCUGCUAGAUAAACCACAGCUGCAAGGCAUUCCUGUACUCGUCCUUGGCAACAAAAGAGACCUUCCCAAUGCACUCGAUGAGAAGCAACUCAUUGAAAAGAUGAACCUGGCAGCCAUUCAAGACCGAGAAAUCUGCUGUUACUCGAUUUCAUGCAAAGAGAAAGACAAUAUUGAUAUUACAUUACAAUGGCUCAUCCAACAUUCCAAAUCCCGGAGGAGUUGAGAAAAGUCCUCACCAAAUCAGUCCAGCUUUGCCUCUGUUUUUCGCUCAGCCCUGUGGUUCGGUCUCUGUCUCGCUUUUUCUCACUGUUACACAAAGACUCAGUAAAGCAUCAUUGUCACACCAGUGUGCUUCAGGCAUCCCCUCACGAAUGCUACAGAUUUUUGUUUUUUGCUAGAUGGACUUUUAUUUACCCUCACAUGUCCAAGUGGAGGUACAUCUUUCAGCUAAACUAGCAACAGAUCAGAUCUACUAUCAGAUCUACAUUUUAUCCUCUUUGAUCAUUAACAUGCUUUUUUGGGUGGCGUUCACUUUGGAAUGAGCUGUUCCAGUCACCAAAUGGGCGGUCUCACCAAAAAUGAAAUUCUGUCUUCAUUUAUUCAUCCCCUAAUUGUUCCAAUCAAGCAGGAAGCACGAGCACCAAAUGCAAACAUUUUUCUAAAUAUUUUACUUUGUGUUCAGCAAAACAAAGGCAUGCAUGGUUUGGAAGUUCAGGGUAAAUAAAUUAUAAAAUUUAAAUUUUUGGGUGAUCUGUCCCUUCAAAGGUGGGGUGCAUGAUUUAAAAAAAAUAACACUUUGGAAAAGGGAGUCGGGCCGAGUACCAAAACACACUUGUAGCCAAUCAGCCGUAAGGGGCGUGUCUACCGACCGACAUCAUUGCCUGGGUUGCGGGUGUGUGGGGCGGGUCUAUCAAAAGAAGGUCCAGAUUCUAUUGGGGUAGGGGCGUGUUUGUUUAGGUGAUUUCAGAUUUCAACAUUGGCUUUCAGAGAUCAUGCACCCCGCCUUUAAGGAGCCCUUAGUAUAUUGUUCUGUUUAACUCAGUUUUAAUAGUUCAAUUGUUUUAGGCUAAUUUAUGGUUUGGAAGAAUUAACUAUUUAAUACUAAUGAGACAUCUAAAGCUUUUAAAUGCACCCCAUCAACCAUCCUGAUAUUUCAGAGAGGGUUGUAAACUGGUGAAGAAAUUCAGCAUUUGGUAUUUGAAAGUGAAGUGCCUUCUGGAAAUACAUGAAUUAAUAAUUAAAUCCCAAUUUCCUCCAAUUACAUGGAUGGUUAUUAUCCAACCACACACAAUUGUCCAUAGAUGCCGUUAUUACAGCAACAGUAAACACUGCUAAUGCAAUAUGUGUGAUUGAUGACAGCGUGCAUAAGAAUAGAUUUGCACGUAAUCGCUUCUUGGCAAACUGUACAGAGAUGAAUCUGCGCUCUUCAGUGGUUAUGUACUGUAUAUACAGUAGACAUCUGUUAGCACUGCGUGGUGUUUAACAUAAUUCACCUCAGUAGAAGCAGAUUGAUGUGUUGGUCUCAUGAUACAGCAUCAGUACUGUACAUCAUUUUUUAUUUAUGGCUUUAAUGUCGGCCAUGGUCAUGAAUUAAGGCCACGCUCUGAAAGAGAAGUUUAGAUCGAAUGCACAAAUGUAAAUAUGCUUUGGUUAUCAAAAUGUUUGAUUAAAUGAGUAUUAAACUGCUUACAGGAGAAGUGAUAUUAAUAUUUUAUUUUAAAAACGGGUGGAGAAUUUUUCUGAUGCUGAGAUCAAAAUGGCUUGAUUUGUUUCUGCGUGCUGAUCAGCAUUUGUGGUACUGAAAUAAGAUGUCGGGUUUUUUUUAAUGGCCGAUGCCAUUAUUAAGAAAGCAAUGUGAUAUUAGAUCGAUACAACAUGAAAAUUAGUGAAACUAAAUAAAUAUUUAUUCGGCAGAAUAUUAUAUUAUUAUGAUAAUAUUAUUAAGUUGAAAAAUAUUUUUAAAGGCAUUUGUUCUGUGGAUCUGACACCUCAUCUAAUUUUUGAAUUAGAUUUGGCUCCACACCGAAGUGUUUUUGUGUGUAAAACAACGUAACGUCACAUUAAAAAGUGAUUGGUCUGUCAGACAUUGACUUUACAAAGGGGACAUAUCGUGAAAAUAUGACUUUUUUUCAUGUUUAAGUGCUAUAAUUGGGUCCCCAGUACUUCUAUCAACCCAGUGACUUAGCAUGUGAAAAAAUAGCUAAUUGAAAUUUGGCUCCCCUUGUGAUGUCAGAAGGGGAUAAUACCGCCCCUUAAUCUGCACUAUCCAACCACGGCACAGCCAUUUAGUGCAGAGAUCAGCUCAUUUGCAUUUAAAUGGACACACCCAAAACGGCACAUUUUUGCUCACACCUACCAAGUGUCAAUUUUAAAAUUUUAAAAUAAAUUUUCUAUAUGGUAUUUUGAGCUAGAACUUCACAUAUGUACUCUGAGGACACCAAAGAUAAAAAAAUAUUUUAAAAAGUCUUGUGAAAUAUCCCCUUUAAGGAGCAGGAAAGAUUUAUUGACCAGUUUAAAAGAUCUAUCUGCCAAUGCCGAUUAUUAAUAAAAAUUCCAAAUAUCGGCCUAUAUAUCAGCCACUAUAUAUCAUAUAUCCGAUAUAUAUCAGAUAUGAUUUUAUCAUCUUUAAAACUCUGCACUGAUGCUUCUUUCAGACUUCAUAACCAUUGCCUUAUUAUAGCAUUGAAAAUGUACUACAAAGAUGAUUUGUACAAUCUGUCCAGGAUAAAGUUACAGACAGGUAUAUUAUAUUACAUUAUACAUCAAUGGUCUGUGAGUUAUUAAUAGCCUCAAUUUGUAUAUUUAUUUACUACAUUUUUUUUAUAUUAGCUUGGCUUCUUUUAACAGUUUAAACAAUGGUUAAACAUAUCAACAAGUAAAAUAAAAUAAAAUCAACAAGUAAAACAAAAACGUUUUAAGUAAACUAUAUCGAAAAAGCCCUCCAGAUUGUUUUAUUUAUUGUGGUAGCCCUUGCUUACAAAAAGGUUGGAGACCCCUGCUACACAUCAUUCAUUAUAUGUAUCAGCGAUUUCUUUUUAAUGAUCAAAGUUUUACAUGAAAACUAUGAUAAUUGAUUGAUUAAUACAAACCAUUUUAUUUUGACCAAAAUAACUGUAUUAAUCAUCUGCCAUAGUGUUGGAGUGAAGCUUUUAACUUUUUUUUUUUAAAUGCUGUUUGUGUUUCACAAAAUGUGUGCUAAUGCUGGCAAUUAUUUUUCGUUAUUACAACAUAUUUUUUAAUAAAAGUUCAUAAUGGUUGCCAAGUUUUUUAUAUAAUAUAAUGAUUGCGUAUUGUUUAUUUUGUUUAUUAAGGGCUCUCCCUAAAAUGUGAUUGUAGAUUUUUUUCCUUUAUAUUUCUUCUGAGAGGUCAAAUAAUAUGCAGCAUACAAGAGUUACCAAAUUAUUAACAAACACAGAUGGUGUAAUGUGAUUUGUCUUUGCUUUGAUUGUACCAUCACAUCACAUCCCAUAAUUCUCUGUGUUUCUUCAUUGAGAGCUGAUGUGUGUUGUCUAUGGGGGAAAGCUUUUCCAUGUUUAUCUUUGUGCAGUCUUAAAACACCAUACAUGACACUGUUCAUGACUUUUGACACAUGAAAAAUCUAUUUAUCGGUUUGCUGACUUUGUAAAUAUGAAAAAGGACAAAAACAUUACUUGUUUUGCUGAGUGCUCUCAUGUGUUUAUUGCAUUUGGUUUAUUGUGAUUGCUCAAUAAAUUGUUUUUAGAGA